AAAAAAAUCAGAAUUUCAACUUUGGUUAGGCUAUUUCAUCUUUAUCAAAAUUUUUCGAUCAACAGACGAGUUGAGCCAUCCAUAGAUUGCUCACGACUUGGUUCAUAUCGAGUUAAGUUCAAUUAUUGUCUGUCAGAGCUUGAACUUAUUAUUUUUGGUUUGGUGAGUUUUUCAUCUCAUUUUUCAAUUCAAACAUAACAUAUUGUAUUUUUAAAAGUUCAAAAUCUUGCCAUUACUAUCCCAACAUUUUACAUUUCCCCCUUGAACUUCUUUCACUUCAUUAAACUUUUUUAUUAUAGGAUGAAAGUUUAAAUGACCUCUUCAACUCUUAAAAUUCACGUAAACCCAACACCAAACUUUAAAUAUGAAGGAUUACUGAUAAAUGUAUAGACUACGAGGUUUAACUGUAAUUUUUUAAUCUAAACUUAAACUAACAAUUUCUAUCUUAAACUCAACCUUGAUCUUACAACUCUUUAGCUUGUCAAACUUGAGCUCAAGUUUGAGUCUCACAAAAACUCAAUCAAAUCAAGAUUAAACUAAACAAUACUUAACUUUAUCUCAUCUUGACUCAUUCUCUUUGAGAUGCAUGAUGAAUGUAAACUAGUUUGGAUUCUGUCCCACAUUAGGAAUUGUUAAUAUAAGUUGCAGAAAUCUUUGCUUUUGGUUCAAUCUACUUUCUUUGUCACUUUGUGUCUAAGAACAGUUUUUUCAACUCAAGUCUCAUUCACCAGGAAGAAAAGCAAAAGCUAAACAACUAAUCUUCUCAAAGUCUCCAACCAGGCCACACCGACUACACAUUAUUUUCCUUCUUCCUUCCUCCACCUUUUUCUCUUCUUCUCUCUUCCCAUUUCUCAUUUUUUCCUCCAAUCUUCCAUCCCAAAUGGAUCCUCAUCCUCCCACUUUCUUCACCUUUCCGUGUAAUUUUCUCUCCAUUGUCAUCUUCAUCACCUCAGCCCACCAGGCUGUCUCUGUUGCCUCAAAAUUCCAGGCCUGUGAACCCAAAACUUGCGGUGGCAACCUCACUAUAAAGUACCCCUUUUGGAUUUCCGGUGAGCAGGAGUCUUUCUGUGGCUACCCCAACUUUGAAAUCACCUGCAAUGACCAGAAACCUGUGUUCAACAUUUCAUCUGAAAAUUUCUUUGUCAAAGACAUCUUCUAUGAAAAUAGCUCACUUCGUUUAGCCAACUCCAUAGCCUAUGAUGCCUCAUGUCCAACUCCUCUUUACAAUUUUUCUCUUAAUCAAACUCCAUUCAAUUUUGUUUCCUCUGAUGAAGAUCUUUUCUUCUGGUACAACUGCUCCGAGAAUCCACCUACUGACAUUGCUUAUCCUCUAAGAUGUGCAAGUGAUGAUGAUUCUCACAACUAUUCUUUUGCUGGUUUUCACAAGGAAUUGUUUCAGAAUUAUUCCUGUAAGUCCUUCGUUUACGCCCCCCUGAAUGUUGAAACCGGCGCCAAUAUGUGGUAUAUGAAUUAUACUGACAUUUUGAAGAUGGGGUUCCUCCUGAAUUGGACUGCACAUAGUUGCAGCAAUUGUGAGGCAAGUGGUGGGCGAUGUGGGUUCGAUAAUGAUAAAUUCGUUUGCUUUUGCCAAGAUAGAACUCAUCAUAAAACAUGCCAUGACGGCAACUCUCUUGAUUUGGGACGGAAGCUUGGAAUAGGUUUCGGUGCAGCCAUCGGAGGGAUGGGUUUGAUGGCCUUUCUUUGCUAUUUCUACAUUCGUCGUUACAAAAAGAAACAUGCUCCCUCAUCCUAUACCACGCGUAGUGUUUAUUCUGAUCCUUCAACAAUGGUGGAUCUUGAGAAAAGAGACAACUUUCGUGGAGUUCAGCUUUUCACCUACGAUGAGCUCCAAGAGGCCACUGAUAAUUUUGAUUCUGCAAGAGAGCUUGGCGAUGGCGGCUUUGGCACUGUCUAUUAUGGCAAGCUCCAGGACGGGCGUUCUGUUGCAGUCAAGCGUUUGUAUGAAAGCAAUUACAAGAGAGUUGAGCAAUUCAUGAAUGAAGUUGAGAUCCUAGCCCGAUUGCGCCACCAGAAUCUUGUCUCUCUUUAUGGCUGCACCUCUCGGCACAGCCGUGAGCUAUUGCUUGUAUAUGAUUACGUCCCCAAUGGCACUGUCGCUGAUCAUCUCCACGGCCCCUCUGCUAAACCGGGUGCACUUCCAUGGCCUACUAGACUGAAAAUUGCCAUAGAAACUGCAAGCGCAUUGACAUAUCUUCAUGCUUCGGAUAUUAUCCAUCGUGAUGUGAAAACCAACAACAUUCUCCUGGAUAACAAUUUCCGUGUCAGGGUUGCAGAUUUCGGCCUGUCUCGUCUCUUCCCGACCAAUGUCACCCAUGUUUCAACUGCUCCACAAGGAACUCCUGGUUAUGUCGAUCCGGAAUAUCACCAAUGCUACCAGCUGACUGUCAAGAGUGAUGUCUUCAGCUUUGGGGUAGUCCUGAUUGAGCUAAUAUCAUCCAUGCCAGCAGUUGACAUCACCAGGCAUCGACACGAGAUUAACCUGUCGAAUAUGGCUAUUAACAAGAUCCAAAACAAGGCCUUGCACGAGCUUGUCGAUCCAACUCUGGGGUUUGAUUCAGACUGCAAGGUGAGAAAGAUGAUAACUGCAGUGGCAGAGUUAGCAUUUCAAUGCCUGCAAGCUGAGAAGGACAUGAGGCCAUCUAUGGCCGAUGUCUUGGAGAUUCUAAAGGGUAUACAGCGUGAUGGAUACGAUAAAGAAAAAGCAGAGGAUAUGGAGAUUCCAUCAGAUGAUUUUGGACUUUUGCAGAAAAGCCCUAUACCAGUUUCCCCGGAUUCAGUGACUUUCAAAUGGAUCAGCACAAAAACAACACCUAACACUAGUAAUUCAUAAUUGUUUCUUUGUUCUUCCCAAUUUCACUACAUUUUGGUUGGCUUUAUAGAAUGGGAUUUCUGUAAAUAUAUAGGAUUCAUAAUGUAUGAAUUCGGGUAAUUACUUUUUGGGCAAAAACUAUUGUUGAUGGUGAAAAUCUGUCCCAAAGAGAUUUUUAAAAUAGUUCGACGUACUAUUCAGAAGUUUACUUUUAUUGUUA